AUGGAUAGAUUAUCUUCUCCUAUUGAUCUUGAUUAUUCGGAAGAUUUUAAAUGUGCAGCGCAUCCUUCGUAUUCUUCACAGGGUAAGAUUUUAUAUUUAAUACGAAUAAAAAAUAUAAUAUAUUUUGUCUUACUAGAUAUUCGAAGUAUCUCAUCAAUUAUUCCAUUUUCGGAAAUGCCUCAUUUGUCAAUCAAUGAUGGUGGAAAGGCGACAUGUUCUUUUGAUGAUGAAAUGGAGUUUUGUGGAUGGCAUAAUGCUCAAGAUACUGUUGUCAAAUUUUGGAAAGCAUACUUUGAUCAAAAUUUCGAUAUGGAUCGAUUUGAUUGUACAAGUGUUCGCAAAUUUGAUAUCGAUCGAACAUUUUUGUUAGCCGGUGGUGAACCAAUUUUAUCUCCACAAAAAGCGGCAAUUGAAACUGAAAUACCGUGUCAAUAUGGUGAUUCGGUGAUUCGAUUUGAUUUUUGGGCGAAUACUCUCAAUCCAAUUCUUCGUUUUUGUCUUUCACAUUCAGCUGAAAUAACAUGUCAAGAUAUUCUUCCAAUGCCAAAUCCUGUCAAUUUUUCAGUUCCAAUGACUGGUGAACCAAUAACUGUUCGAAUUGAAAUUGUUAAUUUACAAGAAAAUGAUAUUAUUUUAAUUGAUAAUCUCUAUUAUGAUGGACAAAUUUGCGAAGUUGUUGAGGAUGAAAAUGUUCCAAAACUUCUUCCAACUUUAUCUACCGUAUCAAUUCCUCAACUUAUAACUGGUUCACCUGAUACCGCAUUUUUUGAUGAUGAUACUUCAACAGAACAAACAACUUCGAAUGUUCAUUUUAGUGAACUUUCCCCGUGUUCUGCUUUGACUUGCAAUUUUAAUGAUGGAGAUUCUUGUUUUUAUGGUUUGAGUGGAAUUGGAAGCACAUCAUCUUGGCAAAUAUCAGAUAAACUUACUGGCAAUCGACAUACUGGAAUUCAACGUAUCAAUCUUGAUGAUCAGAAAAAAGGUAAAUCACAUUUUCAUAGACAUUUUCAGAAAUCUAUAUGUUAUUUCAGUUGGAUAUGCAUUUGUUGGAAGUGAUACUGAAUCAAAUAUUAAUAAUAAUUUUGUUAUGGAAUCUCCAAAAUUCACAAUGACACAAAAUAUUAUAGUCAGUUUUGACAUAUAUGUUCGAUCUAUUUCACCACAAUUGAAGGUAAUUAUUUUUCAAAAAAAAAAACGUCUUCACAUUAAAUUAUGUUUUUUUCAGGUCUGUAUUGAUAACUUUGAUGACUGCCAAUAUACUUCACCGCCUGUUCAGAAAAAUAAAUUCUGGCAUUCUUCGCAGAAUAUUACAAUUCCUGAGGGCUCCAAAAAAUUAUUUUUUGUAGUUCAGAAUGUUGGAAAACAUCAAUUUUUGGCGAUAGAUAAUAUAAAAUUGAAAACUAUUGAUGGUGAUAAUUUUUGUGAAUAA